AUGAAUUAACUUAAAUAGUAUAAAUAAAUUAUAUAGCUAGUAACAUUUAUUACCGGCACAGUAACAGAUGAUUACGACUGACAGUCAGAAAAUAGAGACAGCGAAUAGUUAUAUUAGUUGAUAAGUGAACUUUAUGCGUAUACAUAUUUUACAUUGCUACUAAUAAUAAUCAAUAAACUUUACUUCAGUUACCGUCUUCCGCACGUCUUAAGAUUCAAACAGUCGGCAAUACUACUUUUACCCUUCGUCACCAGUCACACUAAAUACUUGAAAUAAUAAAAUAAAGUCAUAUUUUAACUCAUCUGACUGCAGUUGUUAUUGCAUAUUUAUUAAAGAAGUGAACUACUGAGUGGAAAUUUAUAAAUUAUUAAAGCGGAUAUUAAAUAUACUAAGCUUAUACAAAAGUGAACCAUGAGCUCUACUAAAAAGAACAAGAACCUACUUGACUUGUACCUGUCAGAGGUCUUCAAGAAUUUUGUUGCGCUUAAAGAUGACGAUGUUAAGAAGUCGCAAGAAGUGUUCAAAAGUGUGUUUGAACAAGUUAGAGUGGCCAUGGGAAAACAAUGCAAAUAUUUCGAAUGCUACAGCAGCCAGGUUAUGUACGGUGGUAGCGUUUACGAUGGGAUUAAAGUAUCGAGACUUGACGAAUUUGACAUGGACAUCGUCAUACGAUUGCCCAUCAACUAUGAUGAGGGCGAGAACGGCAUCACAAUUGAAAACGAACUGCCCGGCUUCGUGAAGCUAAAGAUCACCAAAGCCUUUGACAACCUGGUGAAACAGAGCAAUUGGGAGAACCGCCACGUCGUCACUCACACGUGGCGGGACAACGAAAGUUAUCUCAGACAGGAUAAGUUCCGCUCCUGGAUACAAGGCUUAGUCCAGAAAGCCAUGAACGAGUUCAAUGGCCAAGUUACUGUAAAUGGAGUGACUUAUUCGUUAAAGUACACGGCGUCCGGACCCGCGUACACAUUGAAUGUUGCCAGUUUGCCGAAUACUGAAGAUGAGCCAUUCAAACUUGAUGUGGAUUUAGUGCCAGUCAUUAAAUUUACUCAUCCCCGCUGGCCAAAAGGGUACAGACAACCUAAUGCUGUCACCGCCAAAGAUUGGUUAGUGGUACCCAAACCAAACAAAGACAUCACAGAUGGACAACUGCAAAAUCGCUGCUGGCGCCUUUCGUUCCAGGACUUCGAGAAGGAACUUAUGAAGGGCUGCCAAAACCUUAAAACAACGAUCAGAUUGGUUAAAAAAAUGCGCAAUGUUUUAAAUCUGGAUGAUAUUUCAAGCUAUUCAAUUAAAACUUUGUUUUUAUGGAAAGUCUCUGAAAAUGAUAAGAAAUUUUGGGAUAAUAAAGUAAGCUUCCUAUACAAAAUUAUGGUUGAGGAGCUGUAUAAUGCAAUAAAAAACAAAAACAUACCAUAUUUUUGGAAUCAACAACACAACUUGAUUGGCGGAUUAAAAAUAUCUGCAGCAAGAGACUUAUUGUCAAAAAUUUCUACUGUUCUAGAGGAUAUCAAAUCAAACGAUGCAGAAAGACUAUUGCCCUCGUUACUUACAAUUGAAGAAGUUAUAAAAUUUAGAGAAUUAGAUUUUAACGCGCAGAAAAAUAGAUCAGCUGUUAACAGAAAUAGUCGCAAUAAUGAUCCUGUUGAUAUAGCACUUUUAAAGGCUUUUCAGCUUCAAAUGGAAGAAAUUUCAAAAAAGGUCGAAGAAUUGAAUAUGAAAAUUAAUAGUACUACAGUAAACGAGCAUUUGAUAGAAGAACAUCGAAGUCUUGUACAACAGUACGACGUUAUCCAGGAAGAGGCUAGGAAGAAGGGCUUCUGGGAAAAAAUAGGGGAUAAUAUCCAUGAUAAUUUUCAUGCCAGGGGUGGAGUGGAAAACUUUGCUCAGCAAUUUAUGGACCUAGUCGAUUAGUCAAAUCAUAAGCUUUAGUCACAGCACUGCUUCAAAAUCAUAAUGAAUUACAACACAAAUAUAAAAUACUGGUAUCAUUGUCAUCCUUGGCUGGAGUUUGCAAAAGAAGUUACGACAGCAAUACUUCAAUCGACAUUUUGCCAUAAAUAUUAAUUUUCCACCCUACUCGGCUCACUCUAUUUUCUUUAUUCUUAAAAUCUUUACCAAUAUUAUAAAGCUGAAGAGUUUGUUUGUUUGAAGCGCUAAUCUCAGGAACUACUGGUUCGAAUUGAAUUUAUUUCUUGUGUUGGAUAGUUCAAUCGUUGAGGAAGGCUUUAAGCUUCCUCUAUGUGAAAUAAACGGUACGCUACGACCAAUAGAAGCGAAGCAUCAGUGAAAAAUGUUGCUAAAACGGGGAAAAUUAUUCAUAUCUGGGGGCUUUCGUUGCGUGCGCUGCGUAAACUAUUCAAGUUACCCAGAAAUAUGUAUGAAAGAAUUAUUCCUCUUUAAAUGAUCUAAAGAAUGUCCGCGACAGUAUAUGGUUUUAUUCUUUUAAGACGGGCAAACGAAAGAUAAUUGCGAUAGUCUUGUUGUGUUGUUGUUGCCCGCGAAGGAAGUCGCGGACAAUUCAUUAUAAUUCCAAUGUCUGCAACUUAUAAUGUACUAGCUGUCUCCGCGAAUUCGUCCGCGUGGAAUUUAACUUAAUUUUUAUAAAAUAGAAGAAUUGUCUUUAAUAAAAGUAGCCUAAGUUACUCCUUAUUAUAUCAGCUAACUACCAGAAAAGUCCCGUCAAAAUCGAUCCAGCCAUUUCAGAGAUAGCCGGAACAAACAGACAGACAGACAAAAAAAACGUUAAGAAAACGUUAUUUUGGUGUAUGUACCGUAGUAUAUUCAUAUGCAUGUAGUAAAAAACGGUUAUUUCAAUAUUACAAACAGACACACCAAUUUUAUAUAUAUGUAUAGAUAAAGAUAAUUGAUAAUCUGUUUAAAUUCUUAUGUUGUCUUAGAUUGUUUCUACGAACUAAAGAUAGCUUCAUUUUUUUGGCAAAUAUCUAGUUUUUCAGUUACGUGUAAUUCUAAAACAAACUAUAAUAGUUUAAAGAAAAUUUUACCUGUUUCAAACGUGGUAUUAGUUGCCUUAUCGUAUGGAUAAAGUUUUAUUGAGUUUAAUUAGUUAUUGUAAAAAUUUUCAUAAUAACAUGUUAGUAGUACCUAUAACAUUGUGUUUGUACUCCGCUACUAAACGAUGAAUUAAUAUGCUGAAUUCGAAUAACUUAAAAUAUUGUAAAUGUGUUUUUUAUAUUACUAUAACUUUGUUGUUAUUAAUGUAAGUGUUGCUAUAAUAAAUAAAAUAAAUGGAAUAAAGUCUAUUCG